AUGACAAUUCUGCUGCCACGUCGUCGUCGAUUCUCGGCGCUUUUCGAUCACAUCAAAAAUUGGACGAGCUCGAUCAAGUCGUAAGCGGAUACGCUACCGUAACCGGCACGCACGAACUGUACCCUCUUCCAGGGAUCGACAAUAUCGAAGUCUGUCGACGGGAGACCUGGUUCCAGCGGCUCCUCCGCGCAUGCCCGCACAAUUUCAAUCGGAUUUUAUGGAAAUGGAGUUUGGCGCGACGCCGACGACGAGUUCGCUGCCCGCUCACUUUGACGAUUGCGACCUGGUGCCUGUGGAGUUCACGAAGAGUGGUCGAGUCAAAUUGCUGGCGCAGGGCUCCGACGCGGCAAAAACGACGAAACGGUUCGGCAGUUUCGAGGAUCUAUCGCCGGAGGACAUUCACAAGGCCCAAUCGUGGUUCUUUUUGAAUGUGGACCCGAAAGCGGCGGAGAGAAUUCUAAUGUCCAACGGAUUUUGCGAGUCCUCCUAUCUCAUCUCGUACUUCCGCCAACGAUACGUGAUUUCGAUUUGGAGAAAGACGAAGGUGGAUCAUUUGGUCAUUCGGAAUUAUGUCAAGAAGAACGGAACCAUGGCUUUUCAGCUCGAUGUCGAUAGAUCGUUCAAGUGAGUUGGCGAGGAAUUGUGAGGCCUCUAGAAUCUUUUAGAACCCUACAGAGCCCUAGAAAACGCAAAAAAAGGCCUUUAGAAGCAUAUAGAACCCUAUGCAACCCUAUAGAGCCCUUGAAAACGUUAAAUAGCCCUAGAGAUUGCUAAAAAAGUCUUUAGAAUCCUUUAAAACCCUAUAUAACCCUAUUGAAUUCUGUAGAAAUGCUAUAGAAUCAUCUAGAACCCUAUAGAACCCUAUAGAACCCUGUGGGACCAUAUGGAACCUUAUAGAGCCCUAGAGAACUCUAAAAACGCCUUUAAAACCCUCUAGAACCGUAUAGAACCUUAUAGAGCCCUAGAAAACGCAAAAGAGCCGUAGAGAACUCUAAAAAAAAGCCUUUAAAACCGUAUAGCACCGCAUAUUUUCUUCCAGAAACCUCGUCGAACUCACCGACUACUACACGAAGAACAAGAGCUACGUGUUGUGCACAAAACUCUCGAAAGGCGUCGCGCGAGCACGCCGAAACGAGGAGCAUAGAACUCGAGCGUAG